CUUUCUUUUUAGCGAACAAGACUUUUAUUUUGGUUUGGCGAUGUGACGUCAUACGGUCGCGCCGCUCUACUGCGUCUGCGAUUCGACUGAAGAAAGGACAAAGUGUCCAAACACACAGAAAAACUCCUGCUGAAGCGACAGCGAUCCACAUGACACUCUGUUAUAAAGAUGGCAUUUAUUAAAGAGGAGAGUGAAGACAUUAAGAUUGAAGAAGCAUUCAGAGUCAAACAUGAAGAUACUGAGGAACAAACAGACAUCAUGCUCCUGAAAGAGGAAAGUGAAGAACUAACUGAAGUGGAAGGCAUAGAUCCAUAUGAGAAACAUGAUUUUAUUGGAGAAAGUUUUUAUAGUUGCUCACAAACUAAACAGAUUGUGCAAAACAAAGCUCAAAAGACGGGAGAUUUAACCUGCCAACAGUGUGGAAAGAGUUUCACUAAAAAAGGAAGCCUUAAAGACCACAUGAGAAUUCACACCGGAGAGAAGCCUUACUCCUGCCAGCAGUGUGGAAAAAGUUUCACUAGAAGUGGAACCCUUCAAAGGCACAAUAGAGUUCACACUGGAGAGAAACCUUACACCUGCCAACAGUGUGGAAAGCGUUUCUGUGAAAAAGGAAACCUCAAAUGCCACAUGAGUGUUCACAUUGGUGAGAAAUAUGAAAAACUAAAUGAAAUUAAAGACAAAGAUCAGCCUGAAAAACCUUUUACUGGAGAAAGUUUUAGUUGCUCACAAACUAAACUGACAACACAAAAGAAAGCUCAAAAGACAGGAGAUAGAAGUCAUUUCACCUGCCAACAGUGUGGAAAAAGUUUCUUUGAGAAAGGAACCCUUAACAGGCACAUUAGAAUUCACACCGGAGAGAAGCCUUACUCCUGCAAACUGUGUGGAAAGAGUUUUACUGAUACUGGAAACUUUAAUUCUCACAUGAGAAUUCACACCGGAGAGAAGCCUUACUCCUGCAAACUGUGUGGAAAGAGUUUCUUUCGAAAAGGAAACCUAGAGAGCCACAUGAGAAUUCACACUGGAGAGAAACCGUACACCUGCCAACAGUGUGGAAAGAGUUUUAGUCAACAAAGAAACUGUAAUUUUCACAUGAAAAUUCACACCGGAGAGAAGCCUCACUCCUGCAAACUGUGUGGAAAGAGUUUCAUUCAAAAAGGAAGCCUAAAGAGACACAUGACAAUUCACAAUGAGAAACCGUUCACCUGCCAACAGCAUGGGAUGAGUUUUAGUCAAAAAAGAAACCUCAAAGGCCACAUAAGUGUUCACACUGGAGAGACAUGUAAAGAAGUAACUGAAAUGGAAGACAAAGAUCAGUCUGACAAACAUGAUUUUACAAGAGAAAUUUCUUUUGAGCUCUCUUUUGUGAAGUCUGUUUAGUUUGUGCGAAACUAAACAGACUUCACCAAAGAGAGCUCAAAAGAUGGUAGCUACAAGUAAUUUCACCUGCCAACAGUGUGGAAAGAGUUUCAGAUGCAUAAUAUCCCUUAAUAACCACACAAAAAUUAACUUGAGAGCAGUUUAAAAUGUUCUCAGUGUGAAAGGGGUUUCACAGCCAGGAAACUCUGCAACAGUCAUGUAAUAAGAAAGAAGCCUUUCACUUGCUGUCACUGUGAAAAAUCUGGCUCAGGCAAAGCAAAAACCUUAGGAUUAACAUGAGAAGUCACAGUGAAGAAAAACCCUUUCACGUGUCAACACUGAGUAAAAAUUUAGGCCUGAAGAAAACUUCACAGAUUUGGUGUAAACAGAAAAUAAUAACAAAACACAGAAAUGGUGAAAGCAGGCCCAGAACUCUUUAUUCAUGAUACCUCCUUGACCAUAGUUGGUCAUAACAAAUAACUUCAUUAAUUUAGCAACAAAAAAAAAAAAAAAAUUCUUACAUACCUGACUUACAUAAGUUUUUGUUUAAACUCUUCAGUGCACACUAGGUGAAGACCAUAUUAUUAUACUUAUAAAGUUGUUUGGAAGGAAAAGAGAUGCUCCUCCUAUUGUUCAACCUCUGUUUACCUUGUCUAAUUGGUCAGUGCUACAGGAACCGGAAACUUUUUCCAUCUAUUAUCCUGAAGCUGUUUGUGACCAUCAGGGGUGCUUCAUUGGCCCCUACGUGGCCAAUGAAGCACUAAAUAAACAGAUUUAUUUUUUGAAGAUGUACUUAGGUUUCCUUUUUUACCAUUUCGGGUCCUAAAAGCCAGUGUCAUCCUCCAUAACAUCUGCCUUGGGGUUGGUGACAUCAUGGCCCCAGAGAAUGAGCACGAGGAGGAGAUGGCUGAGGAGGAGGAUGAAGGGGAGGAUGCUUUGGAGACAGUCAGUGGUGCUCUAUGGUGUGACCAGCUGUCUGCCCUUGAGGAGGUACCUAUUUGAAGAAAAUGGGUAUCUAUUUGUUACGGCCAAGUAAGAGAAUUGUAAAACUAUGUCUAAGAUAAAAAUGGAACGGACCAUAAAAUUGUUUUGCAUAGAUGUACUUUAUGGUUUGAUUUGAGAGUGCAAGUCAAUUUAAAUUUUUUUCUUCCCUUUCUGAAAACAUCUCAGUGACAUGACAGCAAGCUCCUAUGUAGCCUGUGUGUUAACUUAGUUUUAUUGAAUAUUAUUAUGUGGAAUAGGUUUACAGCAAAGUGUCUUAAGUGAUUCUUUAUCAAUUGUAGUAAGAGGUGUAAUACAAUGAUUUAAUAAGAAAGAUUUGCAUCAAUAUCGUGUUUAAUUUGUGAUCAUCUUAGCACUUGAUUAUUAUUGUAUAAUAAACCUGGCAUUGUGACUGA